AUGGAGACCCGCCAGGUGUCUAGGAGCCCCCGGGUGCGGCUGUUGCUGCUGCUGCUGCUGCUGGUGCCCUGGGCGCCGCGCCCCGUCUCAGGGGUCGCUCUGCCCCCCGCGGGGGUCUUCAGCUUCCGCACCCCCGGCCGGACCUCGGGAGGUCUCGACAGCCCGGUGUCGCGGCGGAGCCUCGCGCUGGCGGACGACGCGGCCUUCCGGGAGCGCGCGCGGCUGCUGGCCGCCCUCGAGCGCCGCCACUGGCUGAACUCCUACAUGCACAAGCUGCUGCUGCUCGACGCGCCCUGA